AUGGAGUUGAAAGGACGGGGUCUGAUUCUUGACCGUCACUUCGAGACGAUAAAAACAACACAUGUGAAGGCGGGACACUCCGUUGCGAAGGAGCGGUGGGACGCCAUCAAGAGCGCGUGGAUUGAUGGUGAAAUCCAGGGCAUUACCAGCAGCACCCGCCUGUCCUUGUCGUCCCAACAAGAUGCCAGCAGCGCACGAGGUACUGCUGCACCUUCUCAGCACCCACCAGCUGCUGCAGCGGGUACCGCGAGGAGGAAGGUGGAUCGAGGGAAGCACGCCAGGGAGAGAGCUGCGAAAGGCACUUUAGGCGGCAACAUUUGCAACGCGUUCUCGAUUGGCAGCGGACAACCGAUUGAGCGGACUCGUGGUGGAGUGAAAGAGUUCGUAUCCGGUAUCACCUUCCCGCCUCCGGCCCCGGAUUCCCGCCGAUCCUGCCCUCACUGUACCAUGACCUUCGUGAACGAGCAAGGCCUUGGGAUCCACGUGAGAACGCAGCACAGCAGUGCAAACAUGUCCAACGGCGUGCGGCUGCGGCGGAUGCUUCGGAAGAAUCUCGAAGGGCGUGUCCUGCCGUGGGAAGAAGCCGGGCCUGGGCGUUGUUGGCACGUGAAGGUCGAUGAUGCGACGGGGGCGGCUUCGUUUGUCCUCCAGCGGAAGCGCUUUCUCGAUCUAGACUUGGAAAGCGACGGCUUUAUGGACCGCGAAAACAAGGAAAGUCCCAAUGCUGUCAACCAGCUGCGCAUCCUCGAGGAUAACGCCGCGGACCUCUGCAAGGAGGAGGAGCGCACACCUCUUCAGUUCUUAGAGGAUCGUCUCAAGGUUCACCACAGCAACAUCGUGAAGUGGGCCAAGGACGAGAAGGCCAUAGUCGCGGCGGCAGCAGACGACGUGAAGAAGAGCCUCCUCGCCAGGCAGCAGCCUAAGCGGUGGUUUCCUGAGGCAGAAAAGAGGCUUUACAAGAUAUUCGUGGAGCGGCGUAAGAGGAAGCUGAAGGUAUCGACCCUAUGGCUGACGAUCACGUUCCGGGAGCUCGUGCGAGAGAUGUUUCCCGGGGACCAACGGGCGGCGGCGUUCCGCGCAUCCUUCAGGUGGGCACGAAAAUGGGCCAAGAGGCACAACCUGUCCAAAAGACGUCGGACCAACGUCAAGAACAAGUCUAUUAAGGAACGCCUACCAAAGAUCCAGCGCUUCCACCGACUGUUUCGCAAGCUCCUGCAAGAGCCGGUACGGUACAGGGCGCCCGAUGAGUCGGACGUAUCGGCGAUUACGACGGUCGCAGA